AACAAGAUUAGUCGACAACAUGGCAUACGACACCGUUAAAUAGAUGUAUUUCCCACUUUAAUUCGAUUAGUUCCUUUUAACUGUACUGAGGACAACCCGUCGCCAUUCCGCUGAUCAGAACUCAACAAUGUUUUACCCCGUGUUUUCAGUUGCAAUGCGUCGGUGUCGGUAUAUAUGUAGCUAUUGGGGUGGUGAUAAAAUCUCAAAAGUGAAGUGAGGCUAAACUUGACGAAACGAUUUGAUAUCGAACAUGGGUCAGAAACCAUCAUUAGUUAUUCUUCUCAAUUUGCUCACGACUACGAAAGUAUGCAAAUGUUAUUUUGCAAGCGUCGUCGCGUCUUCUCAUUCGCACCAUUGACUGAUAUUUACUUUGGGCCAUUCCUUUGAAUUCUUAUAAUGAAUUUUAAUAUUUAAUACCAGUUCUCAGUAAUCAAGGUUUAGAAAACAAAGCCAUAAUUUUAUUCAUCUAUUCUGCAUACACUGAAGACACUGAGGACCGCAGUAGCAGAAAAGAAUUUAAUUUGUACACCGUGAAAUUAACCCUUCGGUUACGUUAUCUUGAUUGCUUGUUGAAGAAAGUCUGGUUAUAUACAUAUGCAUACCGAUAAAAUAACAAGUGGGAAUUAACUCGUAAGUUGUUCAGUGGAGUAAAAGUAUUACAUAAAUUGUCUAAAAACACUUUCAGAAAUGUAAGCAAUGAAUUAGUGCUCUAAUUAAGUUAAAUACGUCUCUGACUUAUUUUCCUAUUUUAAUCCUAAAUGCUCGCAUGCAUGUGUGUGUGGUGUAUAAUAUUUAGGUAUUUUUGCUGAAGCGAGAGUAUAAAUAAUUUGAUUCGUCCAAGAAUGCAUAUUUUCCAUUAACGAUGAACACAAGUCCAUCGCCUGUACAAAAUUAAAGUUUUCAGCAUACUUACAUAUGUGUUCCGUAUUGUGAAGAGUUAUUGAAUUCAAUAUAAAACGGAAAGGCAUCAUGAUUCUUUGGAGAAAGGAAAUUGUGUUCGCUCUGAUGCAGCUCUUUAUCUACAAAUCCCACUCGGCCGGUCUUCAUGAAAUUUGCGGUCGUAGCUCAGAAUGCAGCACCGAGUUUUCCCAUUGCGAUGAAAAUAUUAGAAAGUGUGUGUGUCGACCCCACACCGUGGAACACAACUCGACAACAUGCUUACCCGGAACUUUGUUGGGAUUUGAGUGCAAAACAGACGCGCAGUGUUCCGUAAAAGUAUCCACAAGCGGAUGUGUAAACGGUGUCUGCACUUGUGGAGAUGGUCAUUCGCCAUACCGACGUCACACAUGUCUUCCCCCUGCAAAAUUCGGCGAAAUUUGUUUUGAUCAUGACCAGUGUGCCCUCGCGGAUUCGGGAGCCGUGUGCAAAUUCGUUGUACCUCGAGUUUUCGGGAGAUGCCAAUGUCAGUCCGGGAUGAAACUGGAUGCUUCCGGAACUAACAAUGCGAUGUGUGUGCCAAGAGGGACAAAAGUUGGACACCACUGUAAAGUGGACUCGGAUUGUACAUUCGAGAAUGCAUAUUGUCAACGGAAAUUGGACGGAAGCGCAGUAUGUGCAUGUGAAGUAUCGUUCUCACCUUCUUCUGACGGGACACGGUGUCUACACACAUACCGAGGGAUACUUUCUCCUACCACAUUAGGAUACCCUUGUCACGCUAACCUUCAAUGUCAGUUAGCUGACCCCAACUCACUAUGCAUUCUAGGAAUUUGUGACUGUUCGUCCCAGAAUAGUACAAAAAAGUGCAACGCGGUUCAUACCGGAUGUCACCCAAGCACGUUUCAAUGCGUGGGGCAAGGAAAAUGUGUUUCUUGGUAUUUUGUUUGCGAUGGAAAAAUUGACUGUCCAGAUGGGUCGGACGAAAUCUGCAACGUAUCGGAACAAUGCCCAAAACAGACUUUUCAGUGCAAAACCAAUAGUGAUGGAUUGGAGAAAGAUAAAAAUGAAACUAUGUUGCAGAACAACCGUACCAAAUGUAUUUCUCGUUCAAAGCUAUGUGAUGGAGUCGCAGAUUGUGACGAGGGGGAAGAUGAAGAAGGUUGUUCCGGGAGAGAAAGGUGCCCUCAAGGCACUUUCCAGUGUGCCACGACCAAGGAAUGUCUGCCAGAGCAUCAUUUCUGCAAUUCUAUUGCAGAUUGCAAAGACCUUUCUGAUGAAAAUGAACAAAAAUGCAAAUUAGAAUUUCAUCCAUUCAUUCAUCCCGAAUUUUGCCCAUUUCGAUGUUCCAAUGGUCUUUGUCGAUCUUCUGCUAUCGUCUGUAGCGGGGUUAAUGGUUGUGGAGACUUUUCAGAUGAAAAAGCGUGCUCAGUAUGCAGAUGUCCAAGACGAACGACAUGACAAAAAAAUGGAAACGAGUAGCACCAGUUAAUCCAUCCAUCCUUGGACUUUCCGAUCCCAUGCCCAGGUUGGGAAUUUAUUGAGGAUGGAUUCAUCAUGACGUACUCGAGUGUUUACUGGGAUUUAGCAAUUGUGCAUUUAUGUAUGUAUUUAUGUAUGUAGCAAUUGAAGUCAAGUUCAAUUUAUAUUUUGAUAAAAAUAUACAUUUACUCUAUCGUAUUUAUUUAGUAUUUCAUAGUUAUUUUUACGCUAUUCUGUAAUGAAAGCCCGAGCUUGCCGUACAAUGGAAACCUGUGAUUUUGUCGCUAUGUAAUGCUCCUCCAUCAUUAGUAAUAGGAUUGAUGGAUAGUAUGCCAUUACUUUGAAUAAAUUGAUUUAUAUGUGUUUCUAGUAAAUGAACAGUAACACAAGGAUUCACAAUUUCCGUUACCAGGAAAUUACUUUGCAGCUGAGUAAGUGAGUUUAUUUGUAAAUACAACAUAAUUGAUAUUUGUGUACGCACAUAUGAACAAAUCAAUGGCAAAAAGAACAAAAAGUCGCUGAUCUAAUACAAAGAUGUGCGUUGUAUUCUGGUUCUGGAACUGACAAAUGACUAUUUUGUUCAUUGCCGACAAAUCUCCUUCAAAUUCGAUUUUCACAAUAAAAAGCAGUUGCUUUUGCCAAUUUUUGUUAAACUAUUUGAAACAUUUGGCUGAUACGUGGUUUUUAAAUGAUCAUGAAAUAUCUAAUUUA